AUGAGAAAGCAUUCGCGAAAAACUGAACCGGUAGCCAAAAUCAAAAGAACCAUUAAAAUAAUUAGACACAUUGAUUUUCUUGCUACUGCCCAAAAACUCGACCCGCGUUUAAAAUUUAAAACUGAUUUUGACCGAAAGAGAAAAGAGUUUCACCAAGAAAUAGAAAAUAUUUUAGACCUUUAUAAGAAAAAUAAAGAAAAUUUCCCCGAAAAAGAAAAGGUAUUGAAAGAAGAAAAAAUUAAGCAAAAACCGUUAAAAUUUCGGGCAGUAAAGAUGGAGCGACAAAAUUCGUUGGAGAGCGGGGGAAUCUUAGAGAAUAUUGAUGAGAAAACCAAGCAAAAUAUUGAAAAAGAAUGUCAAAGACUAGAAGAAAAAAAAUUAAAAGAUGAGAUAAAAAAAUCGGAAGAGAAAAUUAGUCAUUUACAAUUAGGUUCAGAAGAGAUAUUCAAAAUCAACCAAAUUUUGGGAGACGAAAGAGACAAAUUAAAAGAGGAAAUAGUUAAAGCCGAAGAAAAAAUCAAAGAAUUAAAGGAAAAAUAUGAACAUGAGAAAAAGCUAAAAGAAAAAUAUGAAGAAACUAUUGAAGAACAUGCAGAGACUAUUGAAAAAAACGAAGAAAUGGUCGCCAAGUUAAACAAAACUAUUGAACGAGGAAAUAAAAUAGUCGCCGAACAAGAAAAAACUAUUAGUGACGGUCUUAAAUUGCUCGAAGAAAAAGAGCGUUUGGUUGAGAAAUUAUCUAAUGUAAAUGCAGAAUAUGUAGCACGAACGGACAUGUUCACCCUGGAAAGAAAGCGACAUAGAGACUUCCUUGGUGGUAUCCGAAGGCAAAUGAAGAAAUUCUUUGAGGACAAUAAAGGAAAAGGAAAAAAAAUUAAAAGUCUUCAAGAAGAAUUAGCAAGUUCCAGUAAAGGUAGUCCACGUUAUUGGUCAGAAAGUCCGCGAGCCGAAAGCCCAAAUAAAAAGACUUAUUUUGAUUUAGAAAUGACAAGAACGUCUUCUGCAGAAGAAAAUCAAGCUGAAUCUUCUUACAAAGCACCCACGGAGAGGAAAGCAAAAAGACUUUCUCAAUCAAAACAAAAAAGCAGAACAAAUAGUGACGCUAGUGUGCUAAGUUUGGAUAGAAGAAGCUCGACCCUUUCUUUUGAUGACAAAAGUGCUUCAAUGGAAGAAUUUGAAAAUUCUGUUGUUGACUUAAUAACCGAAUUAAUCGAACAAAAAGAUUAUUCUCUGGAUAUCGAUUCUCGUGAUGACACAAUAAGAAGGCUAAGAAGUGAGUUGGAGGAAAAAAAAAAAGAAUAUGACAAAUUAAAGGAAGAUUAUGAGACAGUUGACCAAGAAUUACAUUUGUCAUCGAGCAUCUCAAACACCGAAAGCUUAGUUUCAGUAUCAAAAUAUAAAAAAUUUUUAGGUAAAAUUUUUGGAGGUUCUCAAAAUAAAUUUGAUGAAAUCAAUGCAGCUAUUGAUGAAGUUAUAGAAGAUGAAAAAAAAAAUCAAAGCGAAACAAAAAAAGAAUGUCAAAGAUGGUGCUGCCAAAAUGGUGAAGCGGAAAAGAUUUUGCAACGAGCAAAUGGUUUAGAAGGAGAUAUUUUUGUGUUAAAAAAACUUUACGAGGAAAUUCAAGAGGAAUUAAAGAAAACUCUUGAAGAGAGAAACAAAGAAAGGGAUGAGAGCCUAAUUACCGAGAAAUAUUUAGAUGAACUAAGCAAAGAAAAUAAUAAAUUAGAGGAAAAAUUAAAAAAAAGUUGGGCAUACUUUGACGCAAAAUUAACUAGGGGCAAAGAGUUCAUUGACCAACUUAAAAAUGAUUUAAGGAUACACGAAGGAUUAAACAAAGAAUUAAAGGAAGAAAAAAACAGUUUGAGGAAAGAUUUAGAAACUGUUUGCUUAAACAACGUUCUCGGUCGGCAACACAUAGUUGAGGUUUAUGAAGCAAAAUUAAGUCAAUUACAACAAGAAAAAGAAGAACUGAACCAGAAUCAUAUUCGAACGGAACAAGAAUUAGCCGAGGAAAAGGGGAAAAUCCUCGACCUUAACCAGGAAAUUCAUAAGCGAAAAAAAAUCACUAGUCAGAAUCAAUUAUUAGAAGAAUUCUAUAAGAAAAAAAAUGAAGAAGAACAAAAGAUAUUUGAUGAUAGUCAGGAGAAAUACUUUGAAGAGUCCAACAAAAAUGGACAAGGCAAGGAAUUGGCUAGUCGGUUCAAAAGUUCGUUGCCGAAUAUUAAUUAUAAAAAGUCAUUUAUAGCCACUGGCUUAGCUGCUACGCAUGUUGUUGCUUAUCAAUACGGACAAAUUGGACAAAGUGCGAAAGAUACUUGUCCGGUUAAUUUACCUUUAUUUUGCGACCAAUUAAUUAAAAACCCUCCACCUAAUUAUAACCGAGUAGAGAAUAUGGAAAAUUCUCAAAGUGCUAUUUUAGUAAAUUUAGUUAACCAACUUGAACAGCAACUCAAAGCUAGCCAAAGCCAACUGAACCGCACCCAACAAGAUUUAGAGCAGGAAGGCGAAGAGCAUUACCACACGAUUAAUAAUUUAAAACGGGAAGGCGAAGACCACCACCAAACCUUACUCAACUUGGAAGCCGAAAGAGAAUACCACGAGGAAACUUGA